UGCCCAGCAAAGAAGCAAUUAGCCAAAAUGAUGCCCGGAGGCUUAAGUGAUGCCAAACCUGCUACUCCAGAAGUCCAGAAGAUUGCUAAUGAGGUUAAACCACAGCUUGAACAACAAACAAAUGAGACUUAUGAAGAAUUUGAAGUUGAAGAAUACAAAACCCAAGUGGUUGCUGGAAUAUUUUACUACAUUAAGGUGCGAGUAGGUGAUAAUCGUUACAUUCACUUGAAGGUCUUCAGCGGUCUUCAGAGAGAUGAGGGCUUGACACUUUCUGGUUUUCAGACGGACAAAUCCAAGGAUGAUGAGCUGACAGGCUUUUAGGGCAUGUUCCGAAAGUGGUUUGUUUGAUUCCUUCCACUGGCUCUAUGUUCACUAUCCCAGCUAAAAAAUUUAACAAAUAAAUUGAUUUC